CUUAAAUAAGAUGAGCAUCCCCUGCAAAGCUGCUAACGCUGCCACUCGCAGUGCUUGCCGUGCGGCUGCUGUCGAGGCUGCCAACACUCCUAUCAAUGUCAAGCUCUCUGAGGUCAAAACCAUGUGUCCGUUCUUCGCCAAGGUCUCGAGUAGCCCGGACGCCUCGACUCUGGAGGCCAUGGCACACGCCUGCCCAGUGAUGAGUGCGGUCCAGAAGCCAGUUGUCAUCCAAGACGACACGAAUAAGUUGGCCUUUGAGGAGGCUCUGGUGACUCGUAAGGACGAGAUGUAUGAGGCCAAGUUCAAGUUCAACAUUGAUAAGCUGCAGGAGGAGGGUCGUUAUCGCUACUUCGCUAACUUGCAGAGGCAUUGUGGGAACUUCCCCAACGCUACCUUCCAUGGUUUGAAUCACGAUGUCAAGGAAGGCAGGCCGAUCAAAAUAUUCUGUUCGAACGACUACCUCGGCAUGGGUCAACAUCCCAAGGUCAUCGAGGCUUCUCACGAGGCUAUCGAGAUGAGUGGGACCGGCGCUGGUGGCACCAGAAACAUUUCUGGUACCACCAAGUUUCAUGUUGAUCUUGAGAUGACUCUCGCUGAGAACCAUCAGAAGGAAGCUGCUCUGGUCAUGUCGAGCGGGUUUGUUGCUAAUGAGGCGGCUCUAUCGGCUGUGGGGAAGAUUAUACCCGAUUGUUUGAUGAUAUCUGAUGCUGGUAAUCACGCUUCGAUGAUUCAAGGUAUCAGACACUCGAAGUGUGAUAAGAAGAUUUACCGUCACAACGAUAUCGCCCAUCUGGAGUCCAUCCUUGCUGCUACGCCUAUCGACCGCCCUAAGAUGAUUGUCUUUGAAUCGGUCUAUUCCAUGUCUGGAGGCAUUGCUCCGAUGGAACAGAUAUGCGACUUGGCCGACAAGUACAGUGCGAUGACGUUCUGUGAUGAGGUCCACGCCGUUGGCAUGUACGGCGAACACGGUGCUGGUAUAGCGGAGCGAGACGGUGUUUUGGAUAGAAUUGACAUUAUCUCGGGCACGCUUGGUAAGGCUUACGGUGUUUUCGGUGGCUACAUCGCGGCUUCGGCGAGCUUUGUUGACUGUGUACGCUCGUACGCCGCCGGUUUCAUUUUCACUACUGCGGUCCCGCCGGUGAUCGCUGCUGGUGGUCUCGCUGCUGUGACUCAUUUAAGACACUCUAAGAUCGAGAGGGAACUGCAACAGCUUCGUGCCAAGCAACUGAAGAUUAAACUGGCUGCGAGAAGCUUGCCUGUUAUGAACAGCCCUAGUCACAUAGUCCCUGUUCUGGUUAGAGACCCUGUUAAAGUGAAAGAGCUCACUGAUAAGCUACUGGCUGAGUAUGGUAUCUAUCUGCAACCUAUUAACUACCCUACCGUCGAUCGUGGUACUGAACGUAUCCGUAUUACACCCGGUCCUCUCCACAGUGAGGAAGACUUGGAUAUGUUUGUGGACGCUCUUGAUCGUUGCUUUGACGAGCUCGGAAUCUCUAGGAAGAUGCAGACAUUGGACGUCGUUCAUUAGCUUUCUGGAUGAGGAAUAGGAUUUAUUUCAUAGCUCAACGCUGACGAUUAUUUUCUAUCAUACAAUUUCGUUGUGGUGGAGGCAUCAUAGGCUAUAUUUUGGUGGUUAACGACAGU